AUGGCCAUCUUUCAAACCAUCACCAUAUACUUUCUCACGUGGUCCACAUAUUUUGGGGGGCCCACUCGGGCAAAACUAGAACGGUCUAGAAGAUGUGACGCCCUAGAAGAUGCGGGUAUGGUCGUUCCGGAGGGGGUAUAUAGAGUUAAAGGCCAUAUGGAGGGGUUGCCUUGCCUUUACUCUAUACAGACUGAUCAUUUAACCAUAUUACUUCACUAUCUUCCUGAGCCAACAGGGUUGAGAAUCAGCAACCACGACCUGAACAUGCGAGGUCUCAGUCCACUGUAUAAGCUGGUGAUGAAUGGCCGGGAUGCCACAAACACCAAUAUCGAGGGUGUCUCAGUCGAAUUCGUCCUUGCUACUGCUGUGUGGAGCGGUCUCUACCCUUUGAGGUCCUUUGAGUGGCAAAAUGGUCAUGAUUUAGACGUGAUAUCAUACGACACCGAGUUUGCUAUUGCUCGUAAUCCCGACCUGAUUAUCCAUAACAAUAUAAGUAGACUUAUGGUGUACGGGGUCCGCGAGAAGCUAGCUGAUCUUUUCACCGUCUUUCGCCUCUCUAUAGAUGCGGAUCUUCAUAACUUCAUGCAGAUGUGGACAAGCAGGCCGAGAGGAUGCCGCGAUCAGGGCAUCAGUACCGAUAGUUACUGUUGGGAUAGUCUAAGGUGA